AUGUACGCGAGCGGGCACGGGAACGGGGCGCGGGCGCCGGCGGGCGGGCGGCGCGGAAGUGUGGACGGGGCGGGCGAGUUGCAGGGUCUUGUUCUAGACCAAAUCACGAAGAUCCAGGAGCGGCAGCAGCGACUGGACGAGCGCCUGGACAAGCUUGCGCGGGAGCAAGAGGAGUUCUAUCUAAAUGGAUACAAGAAGAUGGAUCAGGGCUUCAAGGAUGUGAGCAAGUGCCUACAGGAGGUGCGGGCGAUGAAGGAGGUGUUUAAAGAGAUCAUUGGGGUGAUGACGGGGGAACGCGUGCGGUUUGUGGACCACUCGAACGAAAGCUGCGACGCCGCCGAGGCGCAGGGGGUGAACCAGUCGGAGCUGCUGGUAGACAACAUGCGGCGGCAGCUGCAGCAGCGGCAGUCGGACUGGAUUCGGGACCGGCUGGCGCUGGAGACGCGGCCGGGGUAUGGGGUGAAGAACGAGUUCGAGGGAGAACGGUCUGUGGAGCAGAUGCUGGUGCAGCGGCAGCAGGAGCUUGCGGACGUCAGCGACGGGCGCGUGCCCCCGGACGACUUUCCGACUUAUCGCAUGAACCGUGCGAUACGCUCCGUGACGGACCUUGCGCGAGAGUACUACGAGGGGCUACGCGGCAAGCCCUCGGUGAUGUCGCUGGAGCGCCGCUUCGGUUCGACCUGGCGCAACUCGAGCAAGGAACGGACCUUCUUCCAUAAGCGCAUGUGCAUCAUCAACAAGAUCAACGAUAUAAAGGACAAUCCUGUCAAAUACCAGCUCCCGCAGGAUAUCACACGCAAGAUGGCCAUAAGAGUGGUCGAGAACAUGCGGCUCGGUAACAACUGUUUCAAGGGCCGUCGCUGCUGCCUGACCCUGUCGCAGCUCUACGUUUACCUGUCCAAGAAGAUGGACACCUCAAGCGACUAUAGCCUUGAGUUGCGCCAGGUGGGCAAGACCACGCGAGAACUCAUUACGCAAGAGAGGAUACGAAGUUUAGAACCCCCUUCCCGCGACUCUCCAAUGGAAUCACCACCGGAUGGAAUCCCUGGGCGGCCGGUGAUGAUCGCUGUGUCGAGCGCGCCUGCAUCACUCCCGCCAUUCGAAUUUACGCCCGUCGUCGCCAGCAGUGUCGAAGACAGCAACGACUUGGAGGAAAAUGGCGAAGAGGAAGAUGUGGACUACUGA